AUGCGGCAUGUGUUACGUAAUGGGAUGCUUCGUGUCUCGUCUCUCGUGUUUACAGUGGCCGCAGAGCACUGUCGCUUGUCCCCACUGCGCAUCGAUCCGCUCCGCCCACCGCUCGCUCCUCCCACCGUCUCCCCCCGACACCCUCGGCCCCCUCCCCUCACCUCUCAGCCUUUGUCACGCGCCGCCCGCGCGGUCACCUGUGUCGCACGUCCUCAGUCGCAAAGCGGCCGCCUCGCGCGACACCCGCCUGUUGCGUUGUGCUAUUAUGACAGUGACGUGAUGGAGGGCAAAGAUUUCGGUGCCGUACCCGGCCUGCCCGCGGGCCUGGACUACUUUAUGAUGCCGCGGGUCGCGCAACCCACCCCGCAAUUCGACUUCAGAAAACUGGGAGCCAGCUUCAGCGGUCGCGACGACGAGAAGAGCGAAGAGAGGCCCGAGUAUCAGCCGGAGCGCCGGGAACCACCCUCGCCCUGGCCGCUCGGUCUGGGCGUGCAGUUCGUGAACCCGGCGACCGGGAAGAAGCGUGUUCAGUGCAAUGUUUGUUUAAAGACCUUUUGCGAUAAGGGCGCAUUGAAAAUUCACUUUUCGGCCGUGCAUCUGCGUGAAAUGCAUAAGUGUACCGUGGAGGGUUGUACGAUGAUGUUCAGUUCGCGGCGUUCGAGGAAUCGACACAGUGCCAAUCCGAACCCCAAGCUGCAUUCGCCCCACGUGAGGCGCAAGAUCUCGGCGCACGACGGCAGGUCAGCUCAACCGUUUCCUUUACUGCCGGCGUUGGCGCGAUUGCCUUUACCCUCGCCUGCGCUGCUACCACCUGAAUUAGCGGCGCGGCUACCUCCGCCGCUCGCGGGACACCACGGACCGACGCCGCUACCACCGCGAGUACCGCUUGAAGAUCUACGGAACUUCAGUGAAAUUGAAAAAAUGUACAGAAAGAUUCCAACACCUGAAGACUCGUCGCGGCACGUCUUAGAUCUCGCGAAACCACACGUAAGCUCGGACUGUGAAUCUUAUAGUUGCAACGACAGUAGUUCGGAAGUCUUAGAUGUUGAAAAACAAGAAAAUCUAGACGCUCGUUCCGUGUCCCCGGUCGAAGAGAGGCGGAGUUAUGAAGAUGAGCCUGAAGACUUAACUGUAAAUAAAAAGAAGGAUAUAAAACCAGAUAACGGCAAGCACACAGACAUAAGUAGCAUUAUUAGAGUAGACACUACCGCCUCCGACGAUAAAUCGUCAUUAGUUCCAAAUAAACGUAAACGAAAAAGUGGAAACCCGACAAGGUGCCAACAGAACAACGAAUACAGCGUAUCCGAUGAAGAAUAUAAUAGUGAUUUAUUUAAAAAUCUAUCUGUAGCCAGUACGAGUCAAGGGACUGAAGAACCAUUAUCUCUGAAGAAGCAAAAGCCCGAAAAGUGGGAGCCAUUUCAGAACGGCGAAGAAACAAACGUGGACUCGGAGUCAAUAGCCCGCGUGAAGGCUGAAAGCGAGUCUGAUGACGAAUCCAGUGCCCCGAGUGUCGUGAGAGAAGGUUUGAGGCUCCGAUCCGAUCUCUACACGCCGAGCGAUAGCGGGAGCGACUUGCACGCUCUUGAGGAGCGACUGGCGCGAGUGAGAUCACCCUCGGGGAGUAGUGACAGGACCGACGAAAGAUCAGACGUAAACGAUAUCGAGAUACCGAUAGACGAAGAGAACCCCGAUAGAUGUACCGCGUGCGGUAAAAUAUUUCAAAACCACUUCACGCUGCGAAUGCACUACAGAAGCGAUCACCUAAAGCUCUUGCACCCGUGCGACGUAAACGGCUGUGAUGCUGCGUUUCCUUCGCGGCGGAGUCGAGAUAGGCACAGCUCCAACAUAGAUCUACAUCGAAGACUACUAUGUACGUCGUCGCCGGACAACCGGGAGCGGCCAAAUUUCGAAGUUAAUGCUGAGUUAUUGAACAAGCUAUACGCAGACAUAAAAGGCCUCGCCUCAACGCUGGAGAGCCUUAGAUACGGCGGCGAGGAAGCUUCACAACUGCCAAACUACGUUUCGGAAACAAUGAAGUUCUACAGCCGGAAUUUGAGUGCGCUGCAGGCUGGGCUAUUCCCUCAACUGGGAGACCGGUUUUUUCCAGCCCCGUUUCUAAUGAACGGGGCCUCGCAGCCGGGGGGGCUGUACGGGGCUCCAGCGGGGGCCCAGACGGCUAGAGAGUCGUUAUCGCCCUUAUCGGCGUCGUCUCCUCCGGUCAUAUCUCCCGGAAGGCUAGACGCGGCGCACGCCCGCCCCCGCGAAGACGCGAAGCUGCUUUUUCGAGAGACUUCUGAAUCGUAUAAGAAGAUGACGUCCCUGUGCGAGCGGCAGGAGCAGUUGUACCAACACCACGUCCCCGUGUCAUGA